UCACGGCGUUGUGAAGAUGGUGGAGGCGUUGUGCGGCACGUGGAAGCUGGUGGACAGCAAAAACUUCGACGAGUACCUGAAGGAGCUGGGCGUGGGUAUGGCCACACGCAAGGCGGGCAGCUUGACCAAGCCCACGGUGACCAUCGCCACGUGCGGGGACGGCACCGUCACCGUGAAGACGGCCAGCACCUUCAAGAACACCGAGCUCACCUUCAGGCUGGGCGAGGAGUUCGAGGAGACGACGGCGGAUGACAGGAAAGUGAAGAGCACAGUGACGCAGGAAGGAGGGCGGUUUGUCCACGUGCAGCGCUGGGACGGCCGGGAGACACAACUCAUCCGGGAGCUGCAGGGCGAUCAGAUGAUCAUGACGUGCCGGGCAGGAGACGUCGUGAGCACGCGGACGUACCAGAGGGCGUGACGGCCCUCCCCCGGUACCAGGGCCACUACCAUCCUCACGGCCACGUCCCCGUCAAGACCACCGUCACUGGGCCACAUGCACUACAUUCCUCUCGACCUCUCGACCUCUCGACACCCUAACC